ACCAACGUUCUUUCUUGACAAACAUUUCCGCUUUUGUCGGCUGUGCUACACAACGCGCUUUUUGCACGAGGUGUUCAACUUUUGAGUUAACAAACUUUCCCAUUAUUUUUCUUGUUAGGUGCACCGGAAAUAGACGGGCACCUUUUGAUUCUUUCGGCCGCUAAAGAGCGGUGUGAGUGUGUUAUCAUUAAGAACGUCUGUUAAUACCGCUUUUGACAUGUAACAAUUUAAACGAUUUGUUUGUCUGUUUGUCGCACCGCUAUGUUGUUUUGUUACAGUGACAGCCUUCCGAGUAUAAAUAAGGCUUUGAGUUGUAUGGAAUCUUCAUUCAGUUAUCGUUACAUCGCUGUCAGCUCAGCUAACUAUGGAAAGCCGUUCCUUUGCCCCAGCAAUUUCUCUCAAGGAGUCCGCGCAUUCAAGUAAAUCACGCGAACUUUUUUCCAGUCCUUCAAUCCAUGUCGCGUGUUUGGUGCCAGUAUCAUCGCGGUCAAUAAUGACUGACUUCUCCAUUAACAGAAUCUUGGGUUUGAAGAGCAGUGAAACAGAUCAGGAGACGACAUCCACCGCUUUGACUGAGUGCCGCCGCGACUCCAGUCUCGCUGGACGCAGCUGUAGCGAUAGCAGGGGCUGUGACAGUGAACCCGAUCGAUUGCCAACACAAUCCGAAAAGAAGGCGAAGAAGAAACGACAGCGUACAACCUUUUCGAUGUUUGAAGUAUGGGAACUGGAACGAGCGUAUGCGCGGCGGCCAUAUUUGACGCCUGAAGACGAAGAGGACCUGGUGAAGAGGCUUGGGAUCACGGCCAGAAGUCUGAGGUAUUGGUUUCAAAACCGACGAGCCAAGUCACGAAAAGAAGAGAAAAAGACUCCGUCCGACUUUCACCCAAACCCGUCAAACCAGUUUGAAAAGCCACCACAGAUCCCGACCCAGUCCCCUGUAAAUUACCGGAGACAGGCUGAUCGUCUUUCUUACCCAGGGCUAGGAAUCUGCAUAGAAAAACUUAAAGCAAACAGCCGACCAAUCACAGUUGACUAUGGACAAUCAGCAAUCAAACCAGACCAGUUAUCUGAGCGUUCUUCAUUUUUAGGGCCCAUGUUCCACCCGGACCAGUUCCGAAGAAGACCUGUUGCUCUUAAAAGACCCGUGGACAACCGUGGUUUCUAUAGAUACCAGCCGUAUUGAGGUCUUUUUAUUGUUAUUAAUAUUUCCUUAAUUAAGUUGAAAUUAAGAAACACUGAGGU